CUAAGUAUCACGCUUAUGGAAUCUUCUUUGCCAAAUGGAGAGGAUUCGACUAAAUAUAUUACAACGUUUUCCAUCAUCAAAAACAUUUCCAAUUUUUCGAACUUUACAAAAAUCCCCAUUAAGGAAUCUGUCAAAAGAUCUUGUAACGAUAGCUAUUUGACACCUACCACCUACCUAGAGUUAGAUGCUCUCAGUGAUGAUCGUGCCAUGACUUACAUGCCUGUCAUAUUCUUUCUGAUAAUAGUUAUGCUGUUCGGAAUUUUUGGAAACCUGCUUGUACUCUACAUAUAUUGCUCCGACUCCAAACGAAAACCCGCCAACAAUUUCAUCAUCACGAUGGCGCUGUUUGACUUCUUGGCUUCCGGUAUAGCCAUUCCUCUCGAUAUCUACGACAUGCGUUACCAUUACACCUUCUACAAUCGCAUAGCAUGUAAAGUUUUUCGAUAUUCUGAAUCAGCAUUUACCAACGCUUCGUCUUUUAUUUUAAUCCUUAUCGCUAUUGACAGAUAUCUUAAAAUCUGCAAGCCUUUGAUGUUCGAGACUCCUUUGAGGAGCAAGCUCAUGUGUGUCGGGGCUACUUUGUUUGGUUUCUUCAUUGCUAUUCCGGCGUUUUGGUUGUUUGGAAUAAAUCGAAAGGUACUUUAUUUUAGAAAGUACUGUGGAUUCGACUGUACUGUUUCGGAUAAAUACAGAAAUACAAGAUUUAACAAGAUAUACUAUACACUAUUACUCGGCUUAUUUUUCCUGACUGUGGUCAUGCUUAUCGGUUUCUAUGUCCGUAUCUGGAUUGCAAUCAAGACAAGAAGAAAUAGCGUGAUAGGUGAUCAUGCAUCUAUAAGUCAUUCAUCAGUUAAAAGCAAUGAUUCUAAAGAAUCCGGUCAAAGCUUCAUGAAAAGAAAGAGAAAUCAAUCUUGCACGAGCGACGACGAUUCAGUGUUUGACAGCAAACAAGUUCUUAAUCGUCAGCAGUCUUGCGCUUCGCGAAAAUCUCGAGUCGCCAGGAUGGGGUCUAGCGUCUCAACGAUGAUUGGAAACGUUCGUUGCUCGCGAUCAACAAAAAUCUUCAUUGCAGUAUCGGCAGCAUAUAUUCUCUGCUUCCUACCCAGUAUCACUGUUAACCUUCUUCAAGCUAGUGUCAAAAGCAUUCAAAUGACAAAAUCAGUUACCAUCAAGGUUACUAUAAAGUUCCUCGCUCGGGUUCAUUUUGUAAAUCAUGCCAUAAACCCACUAAUAUAUAGCUUUCUAAACGUAAAUUUCCGUGUACAGUGCAAGAAAGUAUUUAAACGCAUGACUGCUGCCUGCACCGAGAAACUGUUUAAAAGAUCGGCUUCAAUUACUUCCCGGUCUUCAAGAAAUGGAUCAAGAAAGACUCCGAAGACUGAGAGUGACGUGAAAACGAAUGAAGAAGAAAUGGAACAUUUGAAUAAAUCUCAAGUUGAAACAAAGAACCUAUAAAUCAUAAUGUAUUUAUUUU